CUGGNUCCGNCGACGGUGGAAGGGGACGAAAUAGUUCCCGAGCUCCUUGCGCUGGCGGAAAAGGUGAACCCUAUCAUUUUGAACGGAGAUCUGUAUCGGCUACGCCUACCUCAAGACUCCCAGUGGCCUGCCGCACUCUUUGUGUCUCAGGAUGGCGCACAGGCUGUUCUGUUCUACUUCCAGGUCCAGCCGAAUGUCAACCAUGCCGUGCCGUGGGUCAGGCUGCAGGGGUUGGACCCUAAGGCGGACUAUACCGUCGAUGGGGAUCAGACGUAUUCUGGAGCAACACUAAUGAAUCUGGGGUUGCAGUAUAGUUUUGACACCGAGUAUGGAAGCAAGGUAGUUUUCCUGGAGAGGCAAUGA